CUGUUUGAGCCACAGCAUCGACACCAGGACGAGGAUCAGCAUCUUCAGACUGAAACGACAGCUGCAGACAUGAACAUUGGAUUCUGUGCGUUUAUCCUGUUGGUGACGAUGACCAGUGGGAGGAGUCUGUCGUCACAGUCAGCGGUCGUCCAGUCACAGAGAGCCGAGGCCCUGGCAUCCAACAGCCUGACCCCACCCUCGCCCAACCACACCCACCAGGCCCGCUCAGUGUCCCCCCCAGGACAGAUGGACCACUAUAACCACGUCCAGCAGGAGGGGGACACCCAGGACAGUGUGAACCAGCUCCUGGCCCGCCUCAUGUCCAGGAAAGGUGUCCCGUCCCAGACCAGGUCUUCCUUGUCCAUCAGGUCCGCUGGUCCUGGUCUGGGUCCAGGUCACCGGAUAAAGGACCGGGACUACCUGGGCUGGAUGGACUUUGGACGUCGCAGCGCAGUGGAGUACGAGUACUCCUCCUGAAGACAGCACCUCCUCUGUCCUAAAGUCCACAGACAUCAGUCCGUCUCACGCUGCACUGAACCCUGGACGGACUGGACCCAAACCCGGACCUGAACCGGUCCAGAACACACAGGGACCAGGACCACCUUCAUCCAGUCGUUUCCUUUGGCUUUAUUUGUUCAGAAGAAUUUUCAGAAAUGUAUGAAAAUAAAAAAAACAAUAAAAUCAAUUGUCAAAGCC